UUUUUUUUUGUAUGUCUGCUGGUGAAAGGUCGCUGUGGUGAAAUCGAGGCCAGGAAUCCCACAAUACUAGGCGAAGGAGCUCCUUUUCGGGGCUGAGCUUGUGGUUUUAAUCAAAGGGAAGGCGAAGAAGCGAUGCAGAGACAUGUAAGAUGGCAGAGUUACAAAUGUUGUUAGAAGAGGAAAUUCCAGCCGGCAAAAGAGCCCUCGUAGAAAGCUACCAGAACCUCACCAGGGUUGCGGACUAUUGUGAAAGCAAUUAUGUCCAGGCCCAAGACAAGCGGAAAGCUCUGGAGGAGACCAAAGCCUACACCACCCAGUCUCUGGCUAGCGUGGCCUACCAGAUCAAUGCCUUAGCCAACAACGUGCUACAGCUGCUGGACAUCCAGGCCUCCCAGCUGAGAAGAAUGGAGUCGUCCAUCAACCACAUCUCCCAGACUGUGGACAUCCACAAGGAGAAGGUCGCCAGGCGGGAGAUUGGAAUUCUGACGACGAACAAGAACACGGCGAGGACCCAUAAAAUCAUCGCCCCCGCCAACAUGGAGAGACCUGUGAGGUACAUUCGGAAGCCCAUAGACUACGCGGUGCUGGAUGACGUGGGCCAUGGAGUCAAGUGGCUGAAAGCAAAGCAGGGGAACAGCCAGCCGGCCAGAGGAGGGACACUAUCGAGAACCAAUCCACCCACGCAGAAGCCCCCCAGCCCACCCAUGCCAGGGCGUGGCACUCUCGGACGCAACACACCCUACAAAACCCUGGAACCUGUUAAGCCUCCUGUGGUGCCCAAUGACUACAUGACCAGCCCCGCCCGCCUGGGCAGCCAGCACAGCCCUGGGCGCACAGCCUCCCUCAACCAGAGACCUAGAACUCACAGUGGGAGCAGCGGGGGGAGCGGCAGUCGCGAGAACAGCGGGAGCAGCAGCAGUGCGGGCAUUCCCUUGGCCGUGCCUACGCCCUCUCCACCCACCAUGGCACCAGUACCGUCCAUGUCCGCCCCCACGGGGGCCCCUCCACCCCCGCCCCCCCCUCCUCCACCCCCGCUCCCCGGACAGGGCCCCCCCGUGGCCCCGGCUGCGAUAGCAGUGGCCCCGGGGCCCGGCCCUGGCCCCAUCCCCAUGUCCCAGUUCGGCACGCUGUCUCGGCAGAUCUCCCGGCACAAUUCCACCACCUCCUCGGUCUCCAUGGUUUCGGCCACGGGGACGUACAGACGGGCCCCAUCCGUCACCUCACAGUUCUCAGUCCAGCAACCGCACGUUAACGGCGGCCCCCAGGCAUUCCCCCAGAACUCAAUGUCUAUCGCACCCCCUCCUCCCCCCAUGCCUCAGCUGACUCCACAGAUACCACUCACAGGCUUUGUGGCCAGGGUGCAGGAGAACAUCGCCGACACCCCCAGCCCCCCGCCCCCUCCUCCCCCGGACGACAUCCCGUUGUUCGACGAAUCCCCGCCGCCACCCCCUCCGCCGCCGGUUGACUACGAAGACGAGGAGGCGGCCAUCGUCAGCUACAACGACCCUUAUGCGGACAGCGACCCGCAGUGGGCCCCCAAGACGUACACUGAGAAAGUGGUGGCCAUAUAUGACUACACCAAGGACAAGGACGACGAGUUGUCUUUUAUGGAAGGGUCAAUCAUCUAUAUCAUCAAGAAGAACGACGACGGCUGGUUUGAGGGCAUCUGCAACGGCGUCACUGGCCUCUUUCCCGGAAACUAUGUGGAGUCCAUCAUGCACUAUGCCGACUAAAGGCACCCCUUUUGUUCGGUCAUCCCUAGACCAUUAUAAAAACAUAAAACUGGUCUGCAAAAGCAUAUAUAAGUGCAUUAGGAUAUGACAGAAUGUUUGUUCUUUAUUGAAUGGCAAAUAAAAAAAAUAAUCUAUUUACUUUUUAUGGUGGGGAGAUUGUGGGAUAUAAUGCAUUACUCUGAUGAGGUCCAAUGGCUUGGUUCAUAACACGCUCGUGUCUGACAGUGCUAUGAUUUAAUUGUAUAUAAUGUUGAGUUGUUGGUAGUGUUACUGUUAAUAUUGAUCAGUGUUCCGAGCAGCAGGUGCCACAAGUGAACAAGUUAAAGCAGGAAUUAUGUUUUAUUAUCAGUCAGGUUCUAAAUUGUGCCAUUUUUCCCUACCUUUCUUACUCUGAAGACACAAGACCAAUUAAUGCAUUUUGGAUCCUGAAUGCAAACUAAACUGCUUGCCAGAAUUGCAGACUUUUUAGAACAGCGUUUCCUGGCUACUCAUAAUUCCUGAAAUGUAGUUAAACCUUGCCGUAAAGCAUGCACACAAAGAACUGUAUUUGUAACCUAUACUGUUAAUUCCAUUAUGCUUCCAGUAUAUUGUAAUAUUUACAGUGAGCACUCAAAAUUUGUUUUUUUGAAUGAGAAGUCUGAAGCAUUUGUGGACUUGAUUUCUUGAGUCUUAUUUUGUUCUGAAAUUCCCUAAUUUGUAUUUAAGACAUUUGAUAUCAUUAAAUUUACAUGAUGAAUUUUUACAUCGAGUUAUAUAUGUAAAGCUAGGCUGCUUUUGUUGGUAAGGUGUCUCAGAAGUCUGGAACUCUUGCCUUUGCUUGAUACUGGUGUUGAAACUGUUUAAAUGGCCAUUCAUUACAAAUACCAAACCUCAAGUCAUUAAAAUUUCUGUGGAAAAAAAAAACAUGCUUCUUAAAAAUGCCAAUUGAUUUGAUAUUCUGUGUUGUGUUAAUGAGCUCUAGAUCAAACAUGGAUAUUGUUGAUGUUGCCCACGUGCUCGUUUGGGUUAUAAGAAUUUCUCAUCUGUCACCUAAAAAGCCAUACGAGUAUUCCAUUUUAAAAAUUGUAAUGAAAACCAAUACAACGUAUUCCUCUUCCUGAGAAGGAGAACAAGGGACUUCCUGUCAAGGAAUUGGUUCAUUGAAAAAGUAACAUUACUCCAUUAAUUGUCUGGGUUCAUAACUCCUGUCUAGUAAUCACCUUUGUUAUUAAACGUCCACUGGAACAGAGCAAGGCAGUAUCAUCUUGUCAUCUCUUAGUUUUGUACAUUUUCUACAUUUUCUAAUGUAUGAACAUAAGUUUGAAACUUACCAGUAAACCUACUUGCGAAGGAAGUCAUUCCUUUAGUUUUUCCUCUUCUGGAAAAAUCCAUCAGGCCAAAACUGACCAUGCUUACAGUAUAUUGAUCACCAAUGUGUGUUACAGGAUAUUGCAGCCAAUGCCUUGAUUCUUCUGUCCGUAUGCUUUGGUAUAUUAACUGCUGAAAAAUGCUAAAUUCUUUUUUUUUCAGGGAGAGGAAUCUAAAACUCCUCUUCCUCCCAUAAUUUGUAUAUAUAAAAGUAUGUUAAAAUGAAAUUUAUGUACAGCUUUUUUUAUAUAAUAAAUAAUUCUCCUAUAUACACAAAA